AUUAUGCGUGCACACACGUUGCAAUGGACGAUGCAGCCAUGAAUGGACAUUUAGAAGUUGUCAAAUGGCUACACAUUCAUCGACAUGAAGGAUGCACGACUGAUGCAAUGGAUGAAGCAGCCAGAAAUGGAUACCUGCGAGUCGUGCAAUGGCUACAUUCGAAUAGAACCGAAGGAUGCACGACACGAGCGAUGGAUGAGGCCGCAGCUAACGGCCAUUUACAUACUGUCAUGUGGUUGAACAAGUAUAGACCAACGAGUGAACACCCUCGUAGCUCUGCUAGCAGCAGUGGAUCACGAUCCAGCUCACGACGGCGAGGUGGUGGGUGUACCACGAACGCGAUGGAUGGAGCUGCUCGUGGCAAUUAUUUGGAUGUGGUGAAGAUCCUGCAUAAACAUCGAGAAGAAGGAUGCACGGAGCGAGCCAUGGAUGGAGCUGCUGCGGCUGGUCAUUUGGCAAUGCUCAAAUGGCUACAUGAACAUCGUAGCGAAGGUUCCGAUGACCGCCUAUGCGUGUUUAACGCUUUGAAGCGAGCCUCAGAACUGGCAGGAAGACCGGAUAUCAUCACGCAACAGGAUACCGACCAGUUUGUCGACAAUGAGCUCGUUUGCUACGGACGUGACCUCAGGCAGGGUGCAAGAUGGAAGAUUGUACCUCGCUUUCUGGGUCGACUUCGGGAUGCUGGUCGCGACUUCGCCUACAACCAGAUUGCCACCAUAAACCAUGCGAUUCCAGGCCGGCGUGGUGCACAGGUUUUGGAAGAAAUCCCGAUUGACGACGGUAUCAACAUUGUCGGAGCCUACAAUCACCACCACAUCGGUCAUGCAGCAGUGCUGACUAUUCAAGGAACCAAGCACCUCAUCUACGACUUGAAGGAAGGUAAGCCGAUCUCGUCCGCGAAGCGGUGGAUGCAUUUCUGCGUCCGUUCAAGGUCUUUAAGUAGACGAUAG